AUGCUUCCUCUACAGUAUACCCAUAAUUCCCCUCAAAUUAACAGAACUUACGCUGACGUCUUACUACACCACAGACACCAACACUAUUACAAUGAUUUUGCUAGGUCUGAGGACGAAUUUGAUUCUUCUCCAUCUCCACCGGGACGCAUCAACGACCAUGUUCGCUCCUUUGCAAGUCAUCCACCAGCUAGCCAUGCAUUUCACUCAGGUGCUGCACAACCUUACCGGGAAGACUAUGAAAGCGAAUACACCCCAAGCCCUGCUAACUACACCGGCGUGCAGACCCCCUAUGAUGUUCCACAGAGAAUUCACCACCCGCAUCAGUACUCUGGAGAAAACAACUUCAGACACUCGAAUAAAACGAAAGACGACUUCGGUUCUAAUUACGACACCGUGUAUAAUUAUAGGCCUAGUGGUCAUGCGCAUCAAAAGCCCCAGCCAGUGCGGUUGCGCCCUGUUUCCGAACUUCCGGAUAUGUUUCGCAGCAUAUUCAAGUUUGGUGUUUUCAACGCUAUCCAGUCAAUCUGCUUUGAUGCAGUAUUUCACUCGGAUGAGAAUAUGGUUAUCAGCGCGCCCACUGGAAGUGGCAAGACUGUUCUUUUCGAAUUGAGCAUUAUCCGCAUGGUCACCGACCCUUCGGGCACAAACCAAGCCGCUAAAUGCGUCUAUGUUGCCCCAACUAAGGCCCUCUGUACGGAAAAAUACAAGGAAUGGACCACCAAAUUUGGCAGUCUUGGGAUACCCAUCUUCGGCAAGGGCGUGUGGGGUGACGCUAAGAACGCUAGAAUCAUUGUUACUACGGCACGUUCCCGGUCUGCUCAUAUUUUGAUAACACUACUUACGUUAUCUCAGGCCGAGAAGUGGGACAGUCUCACUAGGAAUUGGGACGACCAUAGUCGUAUAUUAUCUCAGAUCAAACUUUUUCUUGUAGACGAGGUCCACAUCCUCAAUGAAUCUCGCGGCAGCACCCUAGAAGUCGUUGUCUCUCGUAUGAAGGCAAGAGGAUCCAAUGUUAGAUUCCUUCUUGUAUCAGCAACAGUCCCGAACAUCGAAGAUGUUGCAAGCUGGAUUGGGAGCAAUUAUGCGUCUAGUGAUCAUCCCGGUCAAAUAUUUCAGUUUGGUGACGAAUAUCGACCCUGUAGACUCACUCGGUUUGUUUAUGGCGUGGUCAAGCCGAGAGGUCAGAAUGAUUUUGCAUAUGCGCAUACUCUUGAUGCCCGCCUAUUCGCCGUUUUACAACAACACGCCGUUGACAAACCAAUCCUCGUAUUCUGUCCGACAAGAAAAGGGACCAUCACAACCGCCAGGCAAUUGGCUAAAGAAUAUGAAGAAACCAUGAAAGCGAAACAGCUGCUCCCGUGGAGCAUGCCUUUGCAAAUUGAUCAGACUUUUCAUGACAAAGAUCUCGCUCCUCUGGCUGCUUUGGGAAUCGGCGUGCAUCAUGCUGGACUCACUAUCGACGACAGGAAGACCAUCGAAGACCUGUAUUUGCGUAAAGUACUACGAGUUCUUCUGGCUACGUCGACUUUAGCGGUCGGAGUCAACUUGCCCGCCCAUCUGGUCGUCAUCAAGGGCGUUAAACUAUAUCAAAAUGGCGAAUCUAAAGAGUACUCGGAUCUCGACAUUAUGCAGAUGAUGGGACGAGCGGGUCGCCCACAAUUUGACACUGAAGGAGUUGCUAUCAUCUUAUGUGAAACUGAACUCGAGAGCAAAUAUCGCGAUCUUGUUCAAGGUACCACACCUCUGGAGAGUAGUCUGCACACGAAUUUGGCCGAGCACCUAAACUCUGAGAUUGGUUUGGGAACUAUCACCGACGUCAAGACAGCACAGGAGUGGCUUCUCCGCUCGUUCUUGUAUCGCCGAAUGCAAAAGAAUCCACAGCACUAUAAUAUAGGAAAAGAUGACCGCCAGUCUUGGCAGGGCAAGGUGGACAGCAUUGUGAUGGACAGCAUCGAGCAGCUACGGGAAACCGGGUUGGUCACCUAUUCGCCGCGCGAUGGAGAGCUGAGUUCUACUGAAUUCGGCGAUAUUAUGAGCAAGUUCUACAUUCGUCGUGGGACGAUGAAGACAAUCUUGGACCUCUCUCCAACCGCAUCUUUACGCGAGAUUCUUGAGAUGAUAUCCGCUUCGGAAGAAUUGUCCGACCUCAAAUUACGAAGUGGUGAAAAGCAGGUAUACGAGAAAAUCAGGCGCCAUAAUGACAUUCGGUUCGCGGUCAAAAAAAUUCAAGGCACAAGCGACAAAGUGUUCUUACUUAUGCAGGCGGUUUUAGGCGGUUUACCCUUGAAUAGUGCCGAAUACAGGAGCGGGGAGAGUCAACUAUGUCUUGAAGCAUUCUCGGUUUUUCGUCACGUUAGCCGGAUUGCCACAGCGGUUGCGGAAGUCGCCAUCAUAAAGAAGAACGGAGCGCAAGUGAAGCACGGGCUGGAAUUAGUGCGUUGUCUUAAUGCCAAGGCAUGGGAAGAUAGACCGAUUGUCCUGAGACAACUAGAAUAUAUCGGCGAAAAGUCAAUCAAGAUAUUGGCCGAGAAUCACAUCUCCUCAAUUCCCAAGUUACUAAGUACCAGCCCAUUAAGACUUGAAGAGCUCCUGAACCGCAGAUCCCCCUUUGGGUCUGAAGUUUUGUUGGCUGCUAACGAACUACCGAAAUAUUUUCUUGCCUUGACAGAAGUGAAAGUUUCGCCUAGCGAUGGGAAGUCUCCAGUGGAUGUCGAACUCUCCAUUGAAUGCGGCCUUCUCUUGGACAAGAGAGCUUCUGCGGGGUCCAAGAAACAGAAGAGGAGCGGAUUCGAUAUAACAACUCUUCUCACCGUUACUUCCGACUUUGUUUUUUAUCGACUUUCGUCGUAUCUCGUGCUAAGGGAAAGGAAAUCCUUCGUAAUAAACGCACAGCUUACCAGACCGAGUCAGACGAUCAACGUUUCAAUCUCUUCAGAUAAUAUCGCUGGGGUUACCGUAACUGAGAGCUUCAAGCCUUCCUUGCCCACGAACAAGUACCCAACGCUUCAUACUCGCCCAUUGACAUCUUUGGAAAUGGAUUUGGAAGGGCUUGAAGAUGUUGCCGACUUUUGGGAUAUGGGACCUGAUGACGACGACGAAUUAAAUCUCCCUGUAAAAGAUCUCACUCGACCCCGUAGCCCGCUCCAAAGCAGCACAUCAGCACAAAAGAAUGCCAACCCUCACGAAGAGAAGACAACGAAGUCUGCUUCACGCCCUACAGUGAAGGGGGAUGGUUUGAGGAUGGCCAAUACGCCCGUACGAGACGACACGCAGCCUCAAAAACGCUCAGACGGGAAAUAUAAUUGCCGUGACGGACUCACAGAACCUUCUCGUGUCCCAAGAAAGAACAACACAAAGCCCGUCCAUCUGCUGAGUUCAAAGAAAGCUCACGACUCCUCUGUCGACUUGUCAUCUACUGGACCCAAAAGUCGUGUUACCACGCCGUUUGGCGACGUCCCAAUCCCCAAGCGACAAAAGCCAACUAAACGCGAUCCAGUUCUUGAGCAGCGUGACUCGCCUCAUACAGGUGCUAAUGUCAAUCGAAGUUUGGCGCCCUCUGAAGGUCGACUGAAACAAGAUGCCCCAGCGCCUUCGUCAAGGAAACGCAAACCAGCCCCAAAUUUUGAUAUCGAGCUCGUCACCUUGAAGUGCUCACAAUCACCACCCUCCUCCAAGGAGAUACUUAACGACUCCCAAUCAGAUGACGACCUUGCGAAUAUUUCUGAGCUUCUGUGCGAAGGGAAGCAUGUUCGGUCGAAGGACCAGUCGAACUCAGAGGUUGAUGCGCUGGUUCGAGGCGACGAUUUUAACGACACCACGAUGGAUGCUCUUUCCCCGACUCCUUCUCCCACUCGCAAACGGACAUGUGAUUCUCUAUCUCCCGAUAGCUCGCCACCUCGGAAGCGUCCGAAGUGCAAUAACGCGUCAUACAGACCUUACUCGCCAAGACAGGAAUUGGCGAAUGACGGCCGUCAUCAGAAACGCUUCAAAUCCGGCCUUAAGCUCUUCGGCUCCCCCUCUGCCCUACCAGCUGCAAAGGAGGGCGAUGUUCCUGUUCAGUCCACAAAUCGCCAUUCGCUCUUUCUUAUAGGAUCCUCCGAUGUUGACGUCGACACCCAAUCACCGUCCAAGAUCCCCCAGCAACAGCCUCCUGAUGACUUCUUCUUUGACGAAUCCUACUUUGACAUCCUGCCAGAGCCUCGACAACCAGUGGAACCUUCUCUCCAUGAGGAUGGAGAGAAGACUAGGGCACACAUUCGGACCACAGGAAUCACACUUUUUGGCGCGGAACUUCAGGCUACAUCGCAAUGUUUCCAAAGGCUUCCUAGUAGAUCCCAGUCACAAUUUGAUGUACAAAGCAACACUACCAACCAGCCUUGCCCUCCUCCAGUCUUCAAACGAACUUCAAACCCUACCCUCGAGAAACAGCAGACGAACCAAGAGAUGAAACCCGACAACAACGCAGCCGAUGUUGAUGUCCUUGCUGAAUUUGAAAGCUGGUUAGAGAGUGGUGCAGUUGACAUUGUAUAA